UGAUUCCACUUUAAAACUUAACUGUUUGUUAGUCCUCGUGCUUUCAGCUUUUUGAGACAGGUCCUCGUUUUUAUGCUGAGUCAUUGUUAUCUAGCCCAUGAUCUCAUACAGGAAAUGCCCUGACAGGACUCCUCCCAUUCAUAAGCUGUACGGAAACACAGUUUGUGACUGUUUUUCUCUGAGGUGAGAGGCCCAGGAAAGGAUUUAAGGAUUCAGACCCAGCACUUUCUCUAAGAGGGAACAGAUUCAGCAAGAAGAGCUGGGGACACUGCGUGGGAUACUGACAUAUUGCUGUUUCGGUGCAGUGCUGACUGGCUUGACUGAGGUGUGAUUUAAUGUGAAAGUAACUACGACUUUGCCUCUGAGACAGAACAUGGCCCUGCGAUCAGCAGCUGACUUUUCCUGUCCCAUCUGUUUUGAGAUUUUCAAAAACCCUGUUGUGCUCUCGUGCAGUCACAGCUUCUGCAAAGACUGUUUGCAGAUCUGGUGGACGGACAAAGUGAUUCUCCAAUGUCCAGUUUGCAAAAGAAGAUCUUCAAAGAGUGAGCCGCCAUCUAACCUGGCGUUGAAAAACCUGUGUGAAGCCUUGUUACAGGAACUUUCUCUGGAAGAGAGCACCUCUGCUGGGACUGAGGCUCUCUGCAACCUGCACUCUGAGAAACUAAAGCUCUUCUGUUUGGACCAUCAGCAGCCCGUGUGUGUCGUCUGUCGUGACUCAAGAACACACACCAAUCACAGUUUCAGACCAACCGAUGAAGCUGCACAGGAUAACAGGGAACAGCUCAUGACAUCCUUGAAGCCCUUACAGGACAAACUGGAGCGCUUGAGUCAAGUUAAAGUUAACUGGGAUCUAACCGUGGAGGAAAUUAAGGCCCAGGGCCGACAAACAGAGAAGAGGAUCAAAGAUGUGUUUAAGAAGCUUCGGGAUUUUUUACAAAAAGAAGAAGAAGCCAGGAUGACGGCACUGAGGAAGGAGGAGGAGCAGAAGAGUCAAGUGAUCGAGCAGAGGAUUGAGGCUCUGAGCAGAGAGAUAGCAGCUCUUUCAGAAACUAUCAGAUCCACAGAGAAGGAACUGAAAAAGUCAGACGUCUCAUUCCUGCAGCACUACAAUGCCACAGUGGAAAGAAUCAAGCAGCGCCAUCUGCCGGAAGAUCCAAAGCUGGCCUCUGGAGUUUUGAUAGACAUGCCAAAACAUGUGGGCAACCUCACCUAUAGCAUAUGGAACAAGAUGAAGGACAUGGUCUCCUACACUCCUGUGAUUCUGGACCCAAACACAGCUCAGAUAAACCUUUUCCUAAGUGAAGAUCUGAGAAGUGUAGGAUGUAUAGAGAGGGAGAGUCGGCUUCCGAAAAACCCAGAGAGGUUUGAUAGUUACACCACAGUCCUGGGAUCUGAGGGCUUUCACUCGGGGACUCACAGCUGGGAUGUUCAAGUUACAAAUGAUGCCAACUGGGCAGUGGGUGUGAUAGAGGAGUCUGUCGAGAGGCAGGGAGAUAUUCCAACUGGUUACUGGGAAAUAUGGUUCCAGAAUGGCAAGCACAAAGCGUACUCUCCACCACACAUUGACCGAACACUCUCAGUGAAGAACCCGAUUCAGAGGAUCAGGGUGCAUCUGGACUGGGACAGAGGAAAGCUGUCAUUCUUUGACCUGGAUACAAACACAAACCUUUUCACCUUCUCACGGACAUUCACCAAGACGCUGGUUCCCUUCAUUAACACCACUUCAGUAUUUCCAGUGAGGGUACUACCAAUGAGACUCAGUGUACAGUUUGAGACGUAGACAGUUAUACCAGUGGUAUUUAUGAAGACAAUCUCAUCUAAUUUUUUAAAACUGAACUCUGGGUGGAUGCUGGACUGCUCAGGGAUUCGGGCUCUUCACUGUGGUGCACCCUGUAUUCUUUUUCAGCUGGAGGUGAUGGUGUCGCCGGUUUAUGACCUUUGUAUUAAAGGACAUCGUGCUUCACUGACUCUCAUUUGUACAAGAUGUGUUUAAGUUCUGUGUUUAAGUUCUGUGUUCCUUGCUUUGUUUUAUCUCCUCAAAUCUGAAGGACUUUAUACUCAGGCCCAAGUUGCACUGUCUCUGCUUGCACGUAAUCGCUCACUCCCAAAACUAAUCAGGGUUUAAUUCUGAUAAAUGUUUUUUACGUCAGGUUGUGUAUAUGAUGUUUGUCUUGUAUUUUAGAGUAAGUCUAACUGUGUAAGAUUGGGAUUUCAUUUUUUUUGCCACGUUAUAGCAAUUAACUAUGAACUAUCUGUUAUAUAUAUACAGAUAUCUCAUUGUUAGUGAUGCCUUCACGAGCAUAAUGUGGC